AUGUCAGCUACCACUCCAUUGGCUCUCACCACAACGUUCUCGCCGCCAGCAGCUUGCACUACCGAGACAUGGUGGGUUGAGUAUCUGACGGGCUCAUACUAUUUCACAACUUCAGUCACAGGCCCGCUAUCAGGCUGGUUCUUCAGCCAGGGGCCAACAGACUGGAGUAGUUGCUUCCCUUCUGGCUAUCAAGCGACGACCGAUUUCUACUACUCACCUGGCGUAUGCCCGUCCGGCUAUUCAAUAGCCAGUGCGACGACAAUCAGUCUUGGGACUAAUACUGAGACUCGGGCAGCCUGCUGUCCAUCGAGGUACACCGCCCAAUCGAAUAACAAUUUGGUGUGGUAUACGGCGAAUCGAUGUUUUUCGGACAACAAAGAUCCGGAUCAUGUAUGGACGUACAGCGAUGGUGAUUCAGUGACCAGCAUAACAACUUCCGGUGGAAUAAACGCCAAGGCCGUUUUUAUUCGCUGGCAAGAAACCGACUUUCAGACAACCACCACGACAGCCUCAGAAGUUACUAGUACGAGAUCGGUCGCAAGAAACACAGCUUCGGUCUCUGGGCCAUCGGCCACGGCAACCACUGCCAUCUCAACAGACGAUACGAACUCCCAACAAGCCGAGCCAUCAAGAGCAUGGAUUGCCGGACCUGUUAUUGGAGCAGUCGUUGCAUGCGCUCUCAUCGCGCUGGUUGCAACAUGGUACAAUCGACGACGAUGGCAUCAGAAGAACCCUGUGGCAACCAAAUAUACGCCGCAAACCGCACAUGAGCUUGCAUAUCAACCUUCUCACUACAUGGCAGAGCUUGGCCAAGAUCCCAAGGUCUAUGAGGUGCCAUCGCAGCCGAUUUAUUCCGGGCCAUUCGAGCUUCCCGCGCCAAAACAUCGAUGA